AUGCAUAUUCUUGGACGCAUAUACAAGGAGAGGAUGGCAGAAAUGGAGGGAUAUGUAGUCCGGUUGUUACAUGCAUACAUAACGAGUGGUUGUGUUAUGAAGGAGUCGGGGAUAUGGAAUGAAAGGAGCAGAGGGAGCUGGCCAAAGAGUGCAUUAGAAAAGAAAAGUGUAUUUGCAGUGUUUACAGUGUUUAAAAGUGUAGUUGGAGUGUCAAAAGUGAGAAAAGCAAAAAAAACAAUUAUAUACAUAAAAACAGGAUUAAUCUGGUUAGAUGAAGAAAACUAA